AUGCCAAGCCCAGGCCGCUCUGCCCCCUCAGGGGCCGUUCCUGGCCCCGGGCCGAGCGCUGACAGCCGCGUCUCGCCGGCAGGGAAGGCGCAGCAGCCCCUCCAGGAGCAGAACCGCCUGGGGUCACUGCUGGGCCGCGGCGGCUUCGGCAGCGUCUGGGCGGCCACACGGAUCUCAGACCGUGCCCCGGUGGCCAUCAAAAGGGUGCCACUGAACCGCAUCCAGCACUGGGGCAAACUGCCCAACGGCACCAGCGCACCCCUGGAGAUCGUGCUGCUGCACAAGGUCUCCACUGGCUUCCCUGGUGUCGUCCAGCUGCUGGAGUGGAUGGAGCUCCCCAGCGACAUCAUCAUCACCAUGGAGCGCCCGGAGUGGUGUCAGGACCUCCAGCACUUCAUUCGGGCACGGGGGUUCCUGAGCGAGGAGGUGGCGCGGGAGCUGUUCCGCCAGGUGCUGGAGGCCGUGCGGCACUGCACCAGCUGCGGGGUCCUGCACCGCGACAUCAAACCAGAGAACAUCCUGGUUGACCUGGCCACCGGGCAGGCCAAAUUGAUUGAUUUUGGCUGUGGCACCUACCUGCAGGACACAGCCUACACACGCUUUGCAGGAACACCAUCAUACAGCCCCCCGGAAUGGAACAACUGUGGCUGGUACUAUGGACAGCCAGCUACCAUCUGGUCCCUGGGCAUCCUGCUGCACCAGAUGGUCUGUGGGGAGCACCCUUUCAGGAGGGGCCACAGGAUCAGCUGGGACCAUCAGCUCUCGCUGCCACCACGGCUCUCUCAAGAGUGCCAAGAUGUCAUCAGGUGGUGUUUAUCCAUUCAUGAUGUGGACAGGCCUUCAGUAGAAGACCUGUUCUGUCAUCCUUGGAUGCAGGAUAUUCAUCUGCCAUAGAAGAAGGGAGAGAGCCACAGG